AUGCACCCCUUCUCGACCGUGACCCUCGGCAUCUUCGUCGCUGGCUACAUCACCGCGCGCUGGGACCUGGUUACACGCCUCUAUGAGCUGGUCUUAUUUGCCGCCGAAUACGGAGUUGUUUUGCGUGCAGCCCGCGGCCUGGUGGUCCUGACUAUUAUCUUCAUCACUAUCUUUGUGCCAGUGGCUCUGCUAGCGAGGGGAGAGACGAGGCUUCGAUCCUUUGUCAUGGUAGAGCAUGACGGGUUAAUGAGAGUGUUUUGGCCGACGGACAUUCGCAGAUCCGAUCGCGCUGGCGUUGUCGUCGGUUGGAGGAACUCGACGCUCGAUGUUUUCGUCGUCACUAUCCUUGAAGAUGUUGAUGCGCAUAAUGUCGAGUUCCAUCUCAAGUCCGGCACCUUCUUCCGGAGUGGCCCCCACUCCCCGAGCCGGAUAUAUGACCUCUGUGGGCAUUCGUCGAUGCAUGUCCUAGGAGUUGCUAACAUAGCAAGCCAAACUGAGGUUGACCCUUCGUGGGUAUGCGCCAAGACAAGCAUCCAUAGCCAAUAUCCCAGGAUUGCCUGUGCCAAGGCCUCUAGCGUCCAGCUUAUCUUAUAUGAUAGGCCUCACCCCAAGGGUAUGCAGUACAUAUCCUUGAACCCGAUUGCGUUAGCUCUAGGAGACAAAGGGUCGUUCCCCGACGAUGUAACGAGUGGCGAAGAUGAUAGCGAAGAGGCGAAGCACGCAGCUGCGAACAAAGAAAAUCGGCGCAAACUAAUGGAGAAGCUCAAACAGCACAGUAUAAUAAAGCGAGUACCCUCCGCCAGAGAUAAGGCGCUGCCCAAAAUCGUCAACCAGGUAAAUUGGUCUUGGGAGCUGGAGCAGGUCCUACAGCAUAACGUAGGGCGGCUUGGCCCAAGGCCAAAACGUGGUCUGAGUGUCUCCGAGAGAGUAGUAGAGUCUGCCACGACAAUGCGGAACUAUGUGCUCGUGCAGUUGUGGACUUUGCUUUCUGUAUACCUCUUCCCGAUUGUGCAGCAGGCCUUCAUUCUGGUGCUUUUCUUCCACCGAGUGUUGGCUGAGAUUUUACUCAUCAUCCUGGAAUUUCGGGCCAAGCCUGGUUAUGCUGCCCUCAAGGAUAUAUCAGCAACAGCCCAGCAGAUUGAGAUUCGCCUCCAGCAGUUUUGCUACUGGCCAAUGCAAUACGUCACUCUCCGCCAGCGCAAGGCCAACUGGGCUAGCGUUACCACCAGUCAUCCGGAUUACAUUCGUUUCUACAACAGUCUAUGGCUUGUUGCCAACGAUGUGAUUAUUGGCAUGGCAGUGGGCUCGUACAUCAUUGAGCACAAGGAGUGGGUUGCAGACCAAAUACGAGAUCUCCUUCGCGUCUAUACCGUGGAAGCUCUUCAAAGUGGCAUAUCGUGGCUGAUGGACUGGCCUGCGGGUCUAAAGCUCAAUGGUGAACUGGCUGCCUUUCUAGGCGAUUUGUUUCUCUGGGUUAUCGACUAUUGGUCAAGCUGCAUCGAGACAUUGAGCCCCGCCCUGCCGCAUAUUAUUUGGUUCGUGGGAUUCUCAUCCUUUGCCGGAGCGAGUAUGCCAAUUUCAAUGUUCUCUGAUCUUUUGUCGGUUCUUACUAUGCACAUUUACUCAUUCUAUCUCGCAUCUGCACGCAUAUAUCACUGGCAGCUCACCAUCCUGCGGUCUCUGUUUCACUUAUUUCGAGGUAAAAAACACAAUGUUCUCCGCAAUCGUAUCGAUUCGUGCGAUUAUGAUCUCGACCAGCUGCUUGUCGGGACAAUUCUCUUCACCCUUUUGUUCUUUCUUUUGCCUACCGUCAUGGUCUUCUAUCUUAAUUUCGCCAUUGGUAGAAUGAUCAUUAUCUCAAUGAAGGCGGGCUUUGAUACGCUACUAUCAUGUUUGAACCACUUCCCCCUGUUUGCCUUAAUGUUGAGAUUGAAGGACCCGAGUAGACUACCAGGUGGCAUUCGUUUUGAACUUCGAGAUACCCAUGAUUAUAAACUUUCCGACGCUAAUGAUAAAAUUUCUAAUGAACCCCCUACCUCUAUUAUUUACCUCAAGUGCAUUCCCCUUCCUUUCCGGGCCAUGUUUCACCAAUACUUUCAACUGGCUCAACGUAUACGAAAGCACUAUUUGUCACCACGGGUGUUGCUUUGUUUGGUAACUGGGCAAUUCGUUCCUCCAAUCAACAGAAAAAAUCUGUAUAGUCUACAGUACAGCAUGUUGCCAGCGAAGAGGGCGACAAUGUGGGAGAUGUGGCGGGCGGUCAAUACGGAAAUUGAGAUUCCUCAGAAGAAACCGUUUCAGCUGCCAAACAUCCCCCAAUUGCAAAAUGGAGGCAAACGGCCAACGGGGUUUGGUAGAGCCAGGUCAUACGCGUGA